GUCUUCAGGUAUCAGAGUAUACGCAGGACGAUGACCAAUGAGAGAACAACAGAGGAGCUGACAGCUCCGCCCGAGGUGCCCACCGACGACACUGACCACCACACUAUCCCAGAGUAUCGUCGUGAUGGUGUGGUGACUCCAGAUAGCUCUCGGUCUCGUCUCAGUCUGCUCCUCCAGUCUCCCAGCGCUAAGUUCCUGACCAGCCCUGACUUCUUCACCUUGCUGCAUUCCAACCCUAGUGCCUACCGCAUGUUUACAGGUAACACCUGCCUGAAACACAUGAUCAGUAAGGUGCGUCGUGACACGCAUCACUAUGAGCGCUACCAGCACAACAGAGACCUGGUGGUUUUCCUCAACAUGUUCUCCAACAAACAGCUGGAGCUGCCCCGUGGCUGGGAGCUGAAGCACGACCACACUGGCAAGCCUUUCUUUGUGGACCACAACUGCCGGGCCACUACGUUCAUCGACCCUCGGCUCCCUCUUCAGAGCAGCACACGUCCCAGCAGCCUCCUGGCCCACCGCCAGCACCUGACCAGACAACGCAGCCACAGCGCUGGCGAGGUCAGCCCACAACACAUGGUGGGUGACCACCCUCGUCAUUCUGGAGGAGGACCACCUGUAAUGCCCCGCCCAUCCAGCACCUUCACCCCGGUCAGCCGCACCCAGUACCAAGACGCAGUGCCAGUGGCUUACAACGACAAGAUUGUGGCGUUUCUACGACAACCCAAUAUCUUUGAGAUCCUGCAGGAGAGACAGACAGAGUUUAUCAGGAACCACUGGCUCAGGGAGAAGGUGCAGUUGAUCCGUAAUGAAGGGGCCUCUGGUCUGGCCAGGCUGUCUGGUGAUGCAGACCUGGUUAUCCUCCUCAGCCUGUUUGAGGAGGAAGUGAUGUCAUAUGUUCCGCCUCACGCCUUACUGCACCCCAGCUACUGCCAGUCCCCACGAAGCUCCCCCGUGUCCUCCCCACAGAACUCACCUGGAACACAGCGAGCUAAUGUCCGUGCCCCUGCCCCCUACAAGCGAGACUUUGAAGCCAAACUGCGAAACUUCUACCGCAAACUGGAGACCAAGGGCUACGGCCAGGGCCCAGGGAAGUUAAAGUUGAUCAUCCGUAGAGAUAAUCUCCUGGAGGAUGCCUUCAACCAGGUCAUGUGUUACUCCCGGAAAGACCUGCAGAGGAGCAAGCUCUAUGUCAGCUUCCUGGGAGAGGAGGGGUUGGACUACAGCGGCCCGUCCAGAGAGUUUUUCUUCCUGGUGUCCAGAGAGCUGUUCAACCCGUACUACGGCCUGUUUGAGUACUCCGCCAACGAUACCUACACCGUUCAGAUCAGCCCCAUGUCUGCCUUCGUAGACAACCAUCACGAGUGGUUCCGUUUCAGCGGGCGUAUCCUGGGCCUGGCUCUGAUCCACCAAUACCUACUGGAUGCCUUCUUCACUCGACCCUUCUAUAAGGGCCUGCUGCGCAUCCUAUGUGAGCUGAGUGAUCUGGAGUAUCUGGAUGAGGAGUUCCACCAGAGUCUCCAGUGGAUGAAGGACAACGACAUCGAGGACAUGUUGGACCUCACCUUCACUGUCAAUGAGGAGGUGUUCGGACAGAUCACAGAGAGAGAGCUGAAGCCGGGCGGGGCCAACAUCCCAGUGUCAGAGAAGAAUAAGAAGGAGUACAUUGAGCGCAUGGUGAAGUGGCGUAUUGAGAGAGGAGUGGUUCAGCAGACAGAGAGUCUGGUCCGGGGCUUCUAUGAGGUGGUGGAUUCCAGGCUGGUGUCAGUGUUCGAUGCCAGGGAGCUGGAGCUGGUGAUAGCUGGCACCGCUGAGAUAGACCUGGUGGACUGGAGGAGCAACACAGAUUACAGAGGAGGUUACCAUGACAACCACAUAGUGAUCCGUUGGUUCUGGGCGGCGGUGGAGAGGUUCAACAACGAGCAGAGACUCAGGCUGCUACAGUUUGUGACUGGUACCUCCAGUAUUCCCUACGAGGGUUUCGCCUCUCUCCGAGGCAGCAACGGACCCCGCAGGUUUUGUGUGGAGAAAUGGGGCAAAGUUACCUCUCUACCCAGGGCUCACACCUGUUUCAACCGGCUGGACCUCCCUCCUUAUCCAUCCUUCUCCAUGCUGCACGAGAAGAUGCUCACUGCCGUGGAAGAGACCAGCACCUUCGGCCUGGAGUGAUGACCCCUAUCACCUUUAUCCUUUAACCCCCACUCCUCCUACGACCUUUGACCCUGACCUCUGAACUGUAGUAUCACAGAGGUAGAGGAACCCAAGGGGUUCAAGGGGAUGACUGUCUAGUCUGUCUGGCACCCUGUUGUAUCUUUAUACACACUCACCUUCCUGAAGUGAGCUGAACAGAGGAGAAUAGACCGAUGUGUAUCAGAGGGCAUGACCCCUGCACAACGCCAGGGUUUCCUGUGACGGUUAAGGUCACUUAGACACACUGCCAACACAAACCAAAGGAGAGCACCCUAACACUCACACCCUUGUUACUCCAAUAAACCAAUGGGAGAGAUGGACUCGUAAGCCUCCAACCAAUCGCACAAUGAAGGAACAAAAACCAAGACAUCACAGGACAUCUCUCCUCUGAGAGGCUGAGGCCGACAUCACAGGACAUCUCUCCUCUGAGAGGCUGAGGCCGACAUCACAGGACAUCUCUCCUCUGAGAGGCUGAGGCCGACAUCACAGGACAUCUCUCCUCUGAGAGGCUGAGGCCGACAUUACAGGACAUCUCUCCUCUGAGAGGCUGAGGCCGACAUCACAGGACAGUGUUGCUCCUGGAGAAGGGGAUGAGAGGAGAGAGGAAGAGAUGAAGGAAGACAAGACAGGUGCUCUUCAGCUGCUGUGGCCACGCCUCCUGUCCUGUCAGGGAAAGAGAACCAACCAAUCAAGGUCCAGGCAGCUUUGUGACCUGAGCUUGUUGAACACUCUGACAGGUGUGUUCUAGAACAGAACACUGAAGUAGCCUAUCGUGAUGCGGUGGUGUUUGUGUGGUGAAGCUGAACUUGGAUCUCUCUACAGGCUUUUAAUCUAUCUGCAAAAUGCAUUUUGUAACGGCCACAAACAACGAUAUGUUUUUGAAUGUACUGACUGAUAUCACGAUGAUGCGCUUGAAUGUGUCGUUUUUGUACGUCGCUCGAUGACUCGUCAAAUCUAAACGGCUGCCUCAUUCUUACCAAACUUCAGGGCAAGCUAUUAGCACGGAUAACCAAACUCAGCUACGGUUUGUUUUCGAUAAAGACAUUACAUUGAGUUGGCUUUCCCAUAAUGUUAGACACCAAGCUCUCACACACUCUUUCAGUGUUUUAGCUGUUUUCAUUGUUUGCAAGUAUGUUGAUUGUACUACACUGCCAGAGUAGAGGGUGAUCUGAACUUUUCAAAUCCGUCAUGUUUGGUUGUUGCUCUUGUUUUUAACUUGCUUCUACUUUUUCCUCCUUCUGUGCAUGAUCCUGAUUGCCACCUAAUUGAAUACCUUGGUUUGAUAUGUUCCUAUUUCAAUAGGGUUUGGGACCCCGAUAUAACAUCGUAUAAUGACAGAUGUUUGUAUGACCAUGAUAAUGAAAGUAAAACAUGGUGAUUAACAGCCUGCAUGUCGAGACACACACACACACACACACAGGCUUACAUCAUGCAAUUAUAAUGUGAUCUGUGUGUGGGUGAUGGUAAGGUCAAGGGACAUUUAUAGCUUUAUAGAGACUCGUGACAGAGAACAUGUUGAAGUCAUAUAUAAGCACAGGUGCCCAUGGUGUGCUAUUACACUGACUGUUUUGAUGGGUGAAAUGUUGGUUUUCAAGUGAGGGGGAAAAAAUAUAUUUUAUAGACGUAUCUACAGUACUAGGAAGUUUUAAGACGAGGAGUAAUGAGAAUAUGAAGGAAGAGUUAUAGAAACACAUACAUAUUUGUCAUGUUUUUCACUUCAUACUCUGCCUUAGUCAGAAGGCCUUAGUCUGCCUUCUGAUACCACCAUAGUCUACUCUCAGGGUGCGUUCCAGGUCGCGCUUUAUUGCAGUCGCGCUGCUGCUGAGCAUUUUAGCCGAUUACUAUAUUGUAUGUAUAUCAUAUUAAUGUGGUUCCAGAGAGGUAAAUACUUUUCCAGACGUUGUGAGGGACUAUCAUCUGAGCAGUGUGUCGACUGCAAUAACAAUGACAUGAAACGCGCCCAAUGUCUUUGUUUCAGGGCUGUGACCCCACCCAGCCACCAUCACAUCCCGAGACUGUGGAAUGUAGCUAACAGAAUGUAAGGGACUGAAAUAGAACAACCUCCUGCAUUCUCUUCCAUCAUCCCAGGGCCAGUGAGAGACUGAGGGCAGAUAUAUGACAUGUUUUACGUUAAAAACAUACUAAAAGAAAGGGAAGUACACAGUGGCAUUACAUGUAUUAACAUGUUUUAAUUUUUUAAUUUGAGUAAUAAAUCAGACGCUCUUAUCCAGAGCGAUUUACAGUUAGUGCAGUCAUCUUAAUAAAAUGUAGCUAGGUGGGACGGGUGCUAGUGUAGUUUUUGAGCAUAGACUGAAAGACUGAAGCUAGGGAGGGGAAGUUUCUCUUGGUGUUUCAUAGGUAUGCACCAUGGUCUUGUAGUGGAUGGGAAUACUGUACAUGUCCUGGGAUGGCUUGUAAGAAGUUCUUAUAACUUUUUACGUGCUGACAGUACACGUUUCUCUGUCUGCAAAUGAAUGAUUGUGCUGUCCUGUGUAGGCUGUAUUUUCCCCAGGGGUCUCCAACAGUUCGAUUCGCUACAGUAGCUCGCAGUCUACCUAUGAGUAGCUCGCAGUCUACCUAUGAGUAGCUCGCAGUCUACCUAUGAGUAGCUCGCAGUCUACCUAUGAGUAGCUCGCAGUCUACCUAUGAGUAGCUCGCAGUCUACCUAUGAGUAGCUUGCAGUCUACCUAUGAGUAGCUCGCAGUCUACUUAUGAGUAGCUCGCAGUCUACCUAUGAGUAGCUCGCAGUCUACCUAUGAGUAGCUCGCAGUCUACCUAUGAGUAGCUCGCAGUCUACCUAUGAGUAGCUCGCAGUCUACCUAUGAGUAGCUCGCAGUCUACCUAUGAGUAGCUCGCAGUCUACCUAUGAGUAGCUCGCAGUCUACCUAUGAGUAGCUCGCAGUCUACCUAUGAGUAGCUCGCAGUCUACCUAUGAGUAGCUCGCAGUCUACCUAUGAGUAGCUCGCAGUCUACCUAUGAGUAGCUCGCAGUCUACCUAUGAGUAGCUCGCAGUCUACCUAUGAGUAGCUCGCAGUCUACCUAUGAGUAGCUCGCAGUCUACCUAUGAGUAGCUCGCCAAACAAUUCUGAAAGUACUUGCAAUUUUGACUUGUUCAUAAACAAAUCCCACAAGUGUCAGACACCGCAAGCUCCCAGCUACUAUCUAAUUAACGCAAAAUUGACAUUUUCCCACCCCUGGUUAGCCAGGGUGGGAAAUGUUAAAAAGCCAAACCUAACAAUAUCUGCCAAUGAAUUCCCAGCAACAUUGCCCCUGUCUGUCUGAGUGGUGCGCGCGUUUGUCCAUCACUCCAGCCAGUUGACGUGAUAAACCAUCAUGUGAGUUGACAGAAAUACUUUCCCUGAAACCUUUCCAAUUAAAUAUGUAUUGCAGGUAGGCUCACCUGGCAGAAGUAUAUAAUGAGUAUCUGUUAUUUGAAAACUUUGCCAUGAAAUGCGCAGCAGUAUGGAACCAUUGCUAGACUGGCACAUUCCUCACUCAGAUGCGUAAUUACAGGAAAAUUACACAAAGAUAUCUACAUUUGUUAGUUUUCUUCCAGACCUAAAUUGUCCUCAGAGGGGAUUUAACUAUUGACAUGGACUCAGAACAUCCCAUUCCGUUGUUUCCAUGGACUCAGAACAUCCCAUUCCGUUGUUUCCAUGGACUCAGAACAUCCCAUUCCGUUGUUUCCAUGAACUCAGAACAUCCCAUUCCGUUGUUUCCAUGAACUCAGAACAUCCCAUUCCGUUGUUUCCAUGAACUCAGAACAUCCCAUUCUGUUGUUUCCAUGAACUCAGAACAUCCCAUUCCGUUGUUUCCAUGAACUCAGAACAUCCCAUUCUGUUGUUUCCAUGAACUCAGAACAUCCCAUUCCGUUGUUUCCAUGAACUCAGAACAUCCCAUUCUGUUGUUUCCAUGAACUCAGAACAUCCCAUUCCGUUGUUUCCAUGAACUCAGAACAUCCCAUUCCGUUGUUUCCAUGAACUCAGAACAUCCCAUUCUGUUGUUUCCAUGAACUCAGAACAUCCCAUUCCGUUGUUUCCAUGAACUCAGAACAUCCCAUUCUGUUGUUUCCAUGAACUCAGAACAUCCCAUUCCGUUGUUUCCAUGAACUCAGAACAUCCCAUUCUGUUGUUUCCAUGAACUCAGAACAUCCCAUUCCGUUGUUUCCAUGAACUCAGAACAUCCCAUUCCGUUGUUUCCAUGAACUCAGAACAUCCCAUUCUGUUGUUUCCAUGAACUCAGAACAUCCCAUUCCGUUGUUUCCAUGAACUCAGAACAUCCCAUUCCGUUGUUUCCAUGAACUCAGAACAUCCCAUUCUGUUGUUUCCAUGAACUCAGAACAUCCCAUUCCGUUGUUUCCAUGAACUCAGAACAUCCCAUUCCGUUGUUUCCAUGGACUCAGAACAUCCCAUUCCGUUGUUUCCAUGAACUCAGAACAUCCCAUUCCGUUGUUUCCAUGAACUCAGAACAUCCCAUUCCGUUGUUUCCAUGGACUCAGAACAUCCCAUUCCGUUGUUUCCAUGAACUCAGAACAUCCCAUUCCGUUGUUUCCAUGAACUCAGAACAUCCCAUUCUGUUGUUUCCAUGAACUCAGAACAUCCCAUUCCGUUGUUUCCAUGAACUCAGAACAUCCCAUUCUGUUGUUUCCAUGAACUCAGAACAUCCCAUUCCGUUGUUUCCAUGAACUCAGAACAUCCCAUUCCGUUGUUUCCAUGAACUCAGAACAUCCCAUUCUGUUGUUUCCAUGAACUCAGAACAUCCCAUUCCGUUGUUUCCAUGAACUCAGAACAUCCCAUUCUGUUGUUUCCAUGAACUCAGAACAUCCCAUUCCGUUGUUUCCAUGAACUCAGAACAUCCCAUUCUGUUGUUUCCAUGAACUCAGAACAUCCCAUUCCGUUGUUUCCAUGAACUCAGAACAUCCCAUUCCGUUGUUUCCAUGAACUCAGAACAUCCCAUUCUGUUGUUUCCAUGAACUCAGAACAUCCCAUUCCGUUGUUUCCAUGAACUCAGAACAUCCCAUUCCGUUGUUUCCAUGAACUCAGAACAUCCCAUUCUGUUGUUUCCAUGAACUCAGAACAUCCCAUUCCGUUGUUUCCAUGAACUCAGAACAUCCCAUUCCGUUGUUUCCAUGGACUCAGAACAUCCCAUUCCGUUGUUUCCAUGAACUCAGAACAUCCCAUUCCGUUGUUUCCAUGGACUCAGAACAUCCCAUUCCGUUGUUUCCAUGAACAUUUUGUAAUUUUGAAAGUGAAAAAAAAUCUAAAAGCAGGAAAAGCAACACUGACAACAAAUCUCUGAUUUUAGAGUUGUUUGUUAUUUUACCUGGUAUGUUGACAGAAAAUAUACUGCACUACUUUCUCUUGUGUAUCAACGACCCGGAGAAGAGUUGCAGGGGAGAGGAGAAGAAUGGGCCUAUUUUAAAAUCUAGUAAGAAAUGAGUAGAUCUGAUGCCAGAAAAGGUUGGAGACCCUGAUUUGCACUGAAUGUACCAAUGUUUUGGGGCUUUUGACUCUAUUCAUCCAAGUCUCGGUCUCUCAACCUCCAUGGUCUUCACAUUCACCACCAUCACUGAGUAACCGAUAGCCCAUCACACCAACCCACUACUUCUUUACUCACAGUAACCACAACACAACAUGCAUAUAUAUAUAUAUUAUCACCAAUUGUGACCAAUUUGAAAGUUGCAUCCAUGUUUCAGUUGUUCUCACCUUUUUGUAAUGGAAUGUUGUGCCUGUUCCUCUGUGGCUGGCUGUCUGCCUGUCUGGUCCUGCGACCGGCAGGACUCUAGGAUGAGAUACUACUGUCUGCUGGGGGGUUCAAGGCUGUGUCUUUGUCAGAGCUUCACUCUAUGCAAAGCUUUGUUCUCCAUGUCACUCCUUAUGAUUGUAUGAAAAAACCUGAUAAAAAUAAUUGAUUAAA